AUGUCACAGCAACUGCCCAUAGACGAGGAAACCCUGCAGCAAGAAGACUUAAAUGGUCAAGAAUUGCAAGAAGGUGUUGAAAAACAAGGUUCGGAAGGGAAGAAUAACGAACUUAUUGAGGCAGAAAUGGACAACACAUUAGUUGAUCCUGACGUGGUAAUUAGUGAUAAAGAUAACGUAUCUUCCAAAGAUCUCGUAUGUCGUCAAUCUUCAAAAAAUUUAACAAAACCAAUUACUCAUGUGUCCCACCGUGAUCAUGAACAGCGUCCUAAAAAAAGGAUCGCCCUUGCUUCGGAAGCAUCACGACAACAACAACAUUCAUCUCACCGUGGACGUCAAAGGAGGAGACAUUCACAAGCUUCAGCUCUAAGUUCUCGACGGAGAUCAUCAAAGGAGGACGAACAUAUAAUUAAUUGGGAUGAUUAUUUCACGCAGCUUAAAGAAGCACCUAAUCCAAGUAAAACAGUAAACAAGCUCAAUGAAUAUAUUGACGCCUUUCUUAGGGGUCAAUCUAAUUCGGAUUCCAAUAAACCAAUAAUUGAUGCAUUAAACAGAGAAUGGUAUCCUACUGUAACUUCUGCACAGGGAAAUUUACUUGCUGGUACGAUUUAUCAAUUUUUUAUCAAGGUUCUUGAAAUUGCUAUACGUCUUAUUAUGGAUCCAGAAAAUAUGAAUACCGCUGGCGAAGAAUUUCCACUUUCCGAAAUCAUGCAAGACGCUGUAGCUCGUAUUUUGGGCGAUGAACAUGCAUCUUUUUAUCGUAGAUUUGAUGGAAGAUUUGAUUCUAGACGUUUAGACGUAGGAGUCAAUACCGUCAUGAUGGGUAUUGUAGGUGAAACAGAUGAGAUUGUUGAAUAUGAUGAUAACACGAGUGAUAUCAUAGGGAUGGAACAGUUGGAACCACGCAUAUCCCAGUACCAAUACGAAGCAAUCCAAUCGUUCGUCAAUAGUAGGGGUUUAGAAGCCGUACUUCGAGCUCUAGGUUAUACCGAAGAACCUCGCCAACAACGAAACAGCGCACAUCCUUUCAAUAACCUGGAUUUAAAGGAUGUUCACGGAGUAAUACGAAUGAUUCAUAAAGUUACCCAAUGCGUUCAAGUCCAAAUUAUAAAUAUUCCCGAAGAACUUUUAAUUCGACAGGAAAAAAAGAUAAUCCCAAAUAUUGUAAACAUGGUAACUUCAAUGAUUUUAAACUUACCUUCAUCUGUUUCCGGAACUAUAAGGGAUAUCGAAAGAAAUUAUCAACCUAUGUUAUCAUCUGAUGAAGAUGAAGAUGAAGAUAGUGAUUAUAUAUUAUAUCAAGAAAUACCGGAUGAACAACAAGUUAUCAAAAGUUCAGUACUAAAAAUUGAUAUUGCAGCUAGACUUUUGAAAACUUCAAGAUUAGAUUUAAGAUUAACAGGUUUGAAUGAAAUAAAAGAUGCUCUUAUUUUGGGACUUAAACAAGCACGAGUUCUUAAAAGGAGUAGACGUAGAGGUAAUAAUCGUAAAAGAAGUCUUAGUAUUGAUGGGGAUGAUGAUUCUAUUCAAUUAGAUGAAGAAAAUGCUUCUGAUAAAAUUCAUCGUGUAUUAAAUGAAAAAUUACGAGAAUAUGGAAUUCUUGAAUAUAUUUUUGGAUCAAAUAUUCAUUUAGAAAUUAUUCAACGUUGUACUGAUAUUUUAACAUUUCUUAUACAUACACGAUCAUUAACAUCACAUGAGCUGGAUAUUAUCUGGGCACCUGUUGAUGGAAAUCAACAUCGAAGUAUUGUUCACGGUGUUUGUCAAGUGAUAAUUGAAAUUUCGGAACAACUUAAUCAACAACAAAGAGAUUAUUUAUUUCAGAAAUUAAUGAAAAUGCCAAUGAGUUUUAUAGAAACUCAGACAUUUACACUAAUAAAAACUUUAGUACAAGCCACAAUGAAUAGUGUAAGAUUAAGUGGAAUGAGUUCUAAUCAUAUAUCAUUUGAAGCUCAUCGUUUAUUAUGGCGUAUACUUUGUGAUUCUUCUGUUCCCAUACCGAUUUUAAUGAAUUCCGAAAUUCUUUCACCAACUGUGGGAGGUUCAAAUACCGCAAUCUCAACAAUAGAUCAAGAGAUUGCUCAAGCCGCAUGUCAAAUUUUAACUAAUUUAUUACAGGGUGACACUAGUACCGAAGAUCGAAAUCGAUUACUCAUUUUGUGUAUUGAUUGUUUGAAACGACAUGAUCCUGGUACAAUGUGGGCUUUGAGAAUAUUAACAAGGAUUAUAUCUCCCCCUUUUCCAAUUCAGCCUUUAAGUACUUCUGAAUUAACAUCUUAUGAUUUACCUCAAUUGUUUUUAAAUGAUUUGGAACAUUGGACAAGAACAGUUAAAAAUUGUUCAUACAGAUCAGGAAAUUCUUUUAGUAUGGAUCUUGAUCGUUCUUCACCAAUAUUAAGUCCUUCAAUGUCAAUUAAUUUGUCUCCAUCAAGAGCAGCUAUAUUAAGAGAUCAACUAGUUUCAAGAUUACAAUUCUUACAAUGGGUCGCAAAUCAUGAAUCUGUUAAAUUUUUCAAAUCCACUGAUCAAACUGAUGUCAUUUGGCAAUGUCUUAUCGCUGAUCCUAUUGGAAAACAAGAACAAGAUGAGGCCUUCUCAUACUUGGAUAAUAUUAUAGAUUACAAUUUUUUUAUUAGUCAUUUCUUUGAUAAUUGUUUACCAAAAUUGGAUGUUAGAUAUUUUUCGGAUCAAGCUUUCAAAUAUGCAAAAAAUUGUCUAUUAAAAGUUAAUACGAAUAAUGCGCGAUUACGUUCUACCUCUUCGAGUACUCAAUCACAAUCUCAACUGAGCAUACUCGUUCAAGGAGAUCUCAUUGGUAUCGAUCUUAUAUGGGACAUAGCAUUACGUGCAGAAGAGGAAGCUGUGGGAAAAGAAGCUAUCCUCUUUUUAACUGAUAAAAAAUUAGAAAACCAUAACAUAUUAGCACGUCAACAUCGUGAAGCUUUAGUAGACAAAUGUGUUUCGCAUCUUUUCAGUGCGGCGAAUGGAUUAUCCCAAUCUUUAGAUUUUUCCACAGCGAACAAUAAAAUUAGAUGUUUACAAGUAUUAAAAUCAUUUAUGGAUCAAUUCGAUAGCAAGUACAGUAAUUAUCAAUUAGAAAAACGACCCAUAAAACGGCAUGGUAUGCUUAAUGAUGCUGAAUGGAUCACUAUUAAAGUCAAUGUAACAAAUGUGGCAUCGCGUGGAUUUGAAUUGCAAAUUCAUCCAUUAGAAACGGUUCUUUCAUUACGACAAAAGAUUGCUUCUCGUGUUGGCGUCUCACGUCCAGGAAAUAUUCGGUUAAUUACUUCAGGGAAAGAACUUCCCAACGAAUCUAAUACGAUGUCAUUAAAAAAAUUGAAAAUUAUCGAUAGACAAGUUUUCAUGGUCAUGAAACGCAAUACGGAUGGAAAAAAUGGACAAGAUUCUGAUAAGAUUGAAUUACCUUUGGAUGAAGAGAUUACGGAAUCGGAUUUACCAAUAAAUAUGCUUUCAAAAUACAUUGACCAAUUCUUUUCCAUGUUAGAAUUAGAUGAGACUUAUUCAUCACAGAUUUGGGAUCUUCUUAUGAGACUCCCUACAAACUCACGUUCUUUGGCGGCAUUAAAGUCCCUAGAAACACCAGUUAAUUGGGAAGAAAUUCUCGUACCUCGUUCUCCUUUCAGAUUACUUUAUGCUCUUCAAAUCAUUGAUUGGCUUCUAAGAGGUUCCGACGAAUAUAGCAACAGUGAUGAAUGGUCUAAACUCUUUGUAGAUAAUGGUGGAUUAGAAUAUCUGUUAUCAUUGUUGACAUUACAAGAGUCUUCUGCAAAUCUUAAAACAAUUGCUCAUCAGAAUAGUGUCACUAAACGGGCUUGCCUUGGGUUAUUGUUAAAAGUCAUUAGUUUCCUUGCAGUUGAUGAAUCACUUGUUAACGUCGACGUUUUUAAACGGUUUGAAUCAAAAAUUUUAAUUGAAAAAUUACUCGACAUAGUUGGUCAGUGCGUUGAUCCUUCACAAAAACAAGUCAAUGAAGACCUCACUAUCAUUCGUCACUCAAUGAAGCUUUUAACUUGUUUAUGUUUACGUGACGAAACGGCUCUCGCAAGUUUUAUUAAUUAUCCCAACUUACGCGAUUGGCUUCUUUCUUCAUUGAUUAGAUGUCAAUCAGAAGAUGCAAGAGUUCUUUUGGAAAAGAUUAUAUUUAACUUUUGUCAAGAUAUUUUUAAUAACGCGUCAUUAAAAGGAGGUUUGGUACAAAUCCCUCUUGAAUCAUUUCUAGAACUUUUAUGGUCAUUUUUACCCGAUGCUGAGGAACAUGUGGAUACUAGUAAAGAAUAUUUCGAAUUGUUGGGAAAAUUAAUGCCGUUUAGUACGAAAUCUGCAAAGAUGAGUUUAUCCGUUAUAUAUGAAAAUAUCAAACAACAAAUCAAACUUCAUCCCAUUAAAGAGCAAUUUAAUUCUUCCAAUGAAGAUACUGUUAUCGUUGGUUUAAUACAUUUAAUGAAAAUCAUAAUCUCUGAAUAUCCAGAAUUUAGAGGUCCUCCGAAUGAUUCAUUGUUGGAAUUAAUAUUUCAUGAUUGCUUAUUUCAAGUUCCAACUAUUGAUCAUGUCGGUUCCAUUCUUCCUCCAAAAUGUAAAUUGGAUGUCUCCCGAAAUGCUGCUUUGGAACUUUUGAAUGAACUUGUUAAAGAUUGUCCAGAAAAUUUUGUUCGAAUAAGUGAAUUAUAUUUAAAACAAUUAGAUCGGGGUAAUCAAUUAAAUGAUAAUUGGAAUUAUUGUCCAAAAGCUUGUCAAAAAGCUCCAGCGGGUUACGUUGGUUUACAAAAUUUGGGUGCCACUUGUUAUGUAAAUUCAAUUAUUCAACAAUUCUUUAUGAAUACUUCAUUUCGAAAAAGUCUUUUCGAUGCUCCAGUAAUUGAUGAUAAUAAAGAUGAAAGUCUUCUUUAUCAACUUCAAGUGGUAUUUGGUCAUUUACAAGAAAGUGAAAAGAAGGCAUAUGAAGCAAUCCAAUUUUGUCAAGCUUACAGAGAUAUAGAUGGACCAUUAAAUGUGGCUCUUCAAAUGGAUGUGGACGAAUACUUUAAUGGACUUUUUGAUCGAUUAGAGAGUAGUGUAUCUGGAACACCUCAGGCAAUGCUUCUAAAGGAACACUUUGGUGGAACUUUGGUUCAACAAAUUAAGUCAAGAGAUUGUGGACACAUCUCUGAAAAGGAAGAAUCAUUUUUUGCAAUUCAAUGUGAGGUGAAAAAUAAAAAAAAUGUGGAAGAAAGUUUAGAAUUAUAUGUAGAGGGUGAACUAUUAGACGGAGAUAAUCAAUACUUCUGUGCGAAAUGUGAAAAAUCGGUAGAAGCCAUUAAAAGAUCAUGCAUUAAAACCCUUCCAAAAAAUUUAAUAAUGCAUUUGAAACGUUUUGACUUUGAUAUGGAAUUAUUGAAACGUGUUAAAAUUAAUGAACAUUUUGAAUUCCCCACGCGUAUUAACAUGGAACCUUAUACUCUGGAUUAUUUAAUAGGCAAAGAAUCAGGACAAAUUGAUGAAUUAAAAACGGACAUUGAUAAAGAUCAAUUCGAAUAUGAACUUGUAGGUGUUCUUGUUCAUACGGGAACAGCCGAUUCAGGUCAUUAUUAUUCAUUUAUCAGGGAACGAAAACCUUUCCUUAAUGAUGGUCAUAAUGAACGUCGUUGGUAUCAAUUUAAUGAUUCAACAGUUGAAAUAUUUGAUCCUAAAGAUAUUCCUAAGCAAUGUUUUGGUGGUCCUGAAUAUAUAUUACAAUGGGAUCCUGCACAACAAAAAAAUGUACAACGAAUGUUUUCAAAACAAUAUAAUGCAUAUAUGCUCUUCUACGAAAGGUGUUCGGAUUCACAAAAAGAUGAUGUAGUUACCUAUGUUCCCAAUGAUAUACAUAGUUCUAUUUGGGAAGAAAAUAUUUGUUUUCUUCAGGAUAAAAAUAUAUUUGAUCCGGGUUAUUUCAAUCUUAUGAUGCAAGUCCUUGAUUCAGUAAAACUUGAUGAAACUCCAACCAUUUUCGUGAAUGGAAUUGAAAUUGAUUUAAUUUUACGAUCGAUUCAACUUGGUACUGAAUUUGUAUUAGGGGUUCUUUCACGUGCCAAGGAUAAUAAUAGUUUACCAACUUGUAUCGAUAUUCUUAAAACACGAUUUCAAACUCAUUUAUCAGCUUGUCAAUGGUUCAUUAAUCGAUUAAUUGAUAAUAAUUUACAACAAAUUUUAAUGUCAUGUUAUGUUCAAGAUGUUAGAGAACAAAUAGUUGAAUUAAUAAUAUUUGUUUUAAAAACUCUUCGUAAUGGUAAUUUGGAAGCUUAUGGAUUAGAAAGAAUUACAGUUGAUACAAAUGAUAAUCCUGAUUCAUCAAUGAUUGUUGAUUCAACUCAAGCUUAUAUGGUUUAUCCAACUGGAAUAAUUGCACUUUUAUGUGAAGCGAUGUUCGAUUUACUUCAAUCAGCUCAUUUAUAUUGGCGUAAUUUUGAACAAUAUUUUUAUUUACUUUCAUAUAUAGCAUCAUUCGGAGUACCAGAGAAAGUUUAUAUGAUUAAACGUGGAUUCAUUGGGGAAUUAAUAAGACUUUUCCUUUUAGAUGAAUUAUCACCUUUAAAAAAUCGAAAAAAAAGAAUGGGAGAUAAAUUUUCAUUACCACCAUUUCGAUAUUUAUUGAUUACCGUUAAAACCUUAUUAUUAGAAUGUGAUGUCUCCACAAAUGUUGAAAAUGGACGUAAUAAUUCUUUACAACCUCCAUUAAAAUUAAGUGAUCAAGAAUUUGGAUUAAUAUUUGAACGUAAAGAAGCCGAAGAUUUAUUCAUAUUUUUCAUGAAACAAAUAAGAGAUGUUGUUGAUUCAUCAUCAUCUCGAGAAAUAUUUCAACAUUUUGCCAUUCAUAAUGAAGAAAUGUCAGAAGAACUUAUAAAUCAACUUAUUCGUGCAGCGGAUACUUAUACAAUAGAUCAUAUAAGACCUCACUUGGAAAUUCUUUAUUCUAUGGCACAGAUACAAGAUGAAAUUACGAAUAAUAGAGUCGAUUGUAUUAUUAGGGAGGUUCUGAAGAUGCUCGCCAAAAACAAUCAUAGUUCUCCACAAGUUACUUCCGAAUGUCUCGGGUUAAUUGAAGCCUUAUGUACUUCAUCGGUUGGAGCUUAUGUUCAACAAUUACUCCUAACUUAUUUACAAGAAUGGUUACCAGAUUACCUUUUACUUAAUCCAUAUGAGACAGUUCGACAACGUGCGGAAAAUCUUUUUAAUAUAUUGGUUCUUCGAAGAUUAGAAGAUGCUCAAGGGGAACAAGCAAAGAUUGAAGCUUCAUUAAACUUAACAAAACAAUAUUCAAUGUUACUAAAACUUAUUGACAGUGUGGAACCAUGUUGGAGAACAACAUAUGCAAGGAGAGGAGCCGAACCUUUCGGAUGGAGACUUAGUAAUUAUUUUAAAGUUUUGACUCAAUGUGUGAGAUCAUCCAGGGAAAAAGAAAUGUUUCGACCCCAUUUUGAAAAAUUUGGAGCGAUGUUCAUAAUUAUAGAUGCAACCAGGAUUGAUUGUGAUGUUGACAAGAAAGAAAUUGUUACAUACUGGCACAAAGUAUGUGAAGAUUAUCCGGAUAAUGUACGAUUAUUCAUUUCACAUAAUGAUUUAAUAUCUCAACUUCAUAUGUAUUACGUCAGUAUUAAUCAUACAAAUGAUAAUAUAGCUUAUAAUCAAACUACUCUUCCGAAAUAUUAUGGGUUGAUAUUAAUGGGAUGUAGACUUUCACAUGAAUAUCAUCAGAAAUGGAUGGAAGCUCAAAAUUUCUUUUGGGCCCUUAGUAGUAUGGUAUUCGGUGAUUUCUAUGAAGAUCAUAAAACUGAUGAAUUAAUUGAACUUUUGAGAAUUAGCGCGGAUGCUUCUCCAAAUUUUAGGAUCAAAAUUUGGGAUUCGAUUAUAACAUCAUUAGCAAAUUCCGCUCCUUUACUGCGUAAAGUUCAAUUAAUCCUAAGACUUUAUCAAUAUUUAAAUCGAGAUUCUAUUGAAGAUUUUAUAAAUUAUGUUAAAGACAAACAUCCUGAUGAUGAUAUGAUGCGUAAAUGUUUGGAAAUAAUGCAUAAUUAUUUAAAUAUUGUUUUACAAUAUCCAGCUGACGAAGAAUUUGCAGCCAAUCUCUUAACAUUUUUACAUCCCAAUGUUGAACAUGAAUUUUAUGUAAAAUCAACAGAAACUUUAUUUGCAUUACUCAAAUUGAGAUAUACAAAGAAUAUUGCUGUUGUUAUGUUGCAAUUACUAAUUGAUAAACAUUCGCAAUGGCAACGUAGUCAAGAAGGAAUAAUAUUGAAAUUCGGUGGAACUCGUUCACUUUUCUUCCAAUUUAAAUUACUUGAGGAAGAUCCUGAAUCCGCCGGCAUUUCUUCUUCACUAUCUGGUCCUUCAAUCCAUGUUUAUAGACCUUUUAUGCAGAAACUGAAAAGGGAUGAAAUAAAACGAUUGCAAGAAAAAUUAUAUAAUCCUUACUUGCUAGUAGUAGAACAAACGUCUAUUACUGGCAUAGAAUUGGAAGAGUAUGAUAAAGUGAUACAACUUUGUUCACUGAUUGUUCUUGAAAUGAUGGACAUCGACGUCGAACGUAUAUUUGAUAUACUUUUAGAAAUUUACGAAAAAUUUUCACAUAAUGAACAAGUCAAAAACGCAUACAGUCAUGCCUACUUUGCAAUGUUAGUAGAACGAAUCUUAAAUUCUAAUUCAAGAGUUUUAUUUACUCUUCCACCGGAAAAAUUAUCAAUAUUCAAAUCAUUAGUGAGCAUUGUAACUAGUAAACCGGAUGUUAUUCAACCAAUAAUUUCGAAACAUAUUCAACAACUUGCCACAAAUGUUAAAAUAUUAAAAGAAAAUCUCGAAAUCAAUAAUUUAGAUUCAGUUAAUUCUAUAAUUCAAGAACUAGUGUUGAUCUUACAAGUAUUAGUAAUUUCAAUAUCUGAAAAUGAUCUUCAAGAUGAUGAUCUUACUCGAGCUUAUUUGGAAAGUUUGAGAGAUAUUUCUACAGAUCAAGUUAGAAGUUUGAUUGGACAAUUUGAAGGUUUAACCAAUAAGAUAUAUUCAAUUCUUGAUGAAUUAUUAAUGUCAUCUCAACAUCCUUCAUAUUUAUAUAAUAAUAUAUUCUAG